CUCCGAUUGGUUUUCAUUCGAUAAAAAAGGUAGUUGUUAAGUGGAAGAUGGAGUUGCUGGAUAACUUUUAAAAUAAAAUUAUUUGCAACUGGCUAGCAGUUAAGUGUAAGAAAAUGGAAAUAGACGGCAGCAAGGAAGUGGACCAAAUACAUCCGCAGUAUUCAUUUCUGCACUCACUAGUGGCAGGGGGUGUAGCUGGUGUGGUUGUUGAUAUUGCGCUUUUCCCCAUCGAUACUGUUAAAACGAGGCUGCAAAGUGAAUUGGGUUUCAUGCGUGCUGGCGGCUUUCGUGGCGUUUAUAAAGGUUUAGCACCCGCUGCUGCUGGUAGCGCACCAACUGCUGCGAUAUUUUUCUGUUGCUAUGAAGGUUUCAAGCGUUAUUUCAGCACUACUACCGGUGUGAUCAAUUCACCUUACGUACACAUGGUUUCGGCAUCUUGUGCUGAAGUUCUAGCAUGCCUGAUCCGUGUACCCGUCGAAAUUGCGAAACAACGACGUCAAACACUUGGUAAUACACAGAAAACUACAGCACUACAAAUACUUUGGCGUGCUUACAAACUAGAAGGGUUGCGCCGUGGUCUUUAUCGUGGAUUUAGUACUACGGUGAUGCGUGAAAUACCAUUCAGCUUAAUACAAUUUCCCAUGUGGGAAUAUUUUAAGCUACAUUGGACUGCUACAACUGGCAUGGAUUCGACUCCUUUUACGGUUGCAUUAUGUGGUGCAAUGGCUGGUGGUAUUGCCGCAGGUCUCACUACACCACUAGAUGUAGCAAAGACGCGUAUUAUGCUUGCUGAACAGGGCACGGCAACAAGAAAGUUAAAUCCACGCACUGUGUUAGCGGCCGUGUACAGGGAACGUGGUUUUGCGGGUCUUUUUGCCGGUUUUGCACCACGUGUCCUCUGGAUCACUCUAGGCGGUGCAUUCUUCUUUGGGUUUUAUGAUUUAACAUUAAGACUUUUGCGUGGCACUGUAGCAGCGGAUAAUCCAAAUAUAUAGCAAAGCAAUAAUUGAUAUGAAAUCGCAAUGUUCUUUAAUUUUAA